GACGCACCGCCAGGGGUCUGCUGGCGUGACUGAACCAACUGCCUCCCUCCAGUACAUGGUGGAGCUUCGAAGCUCGCCAACGUCUCCAACGGCUCUCUUGAUCGCGCGGGAAACGCCCCGGCCUCGCCCUCACCCGGCCCCGUCGCCUGGCGGCAUCCGUGUGCCCUCAGUCGUUCAGGUAGUUGGUGUGUGAUGAUCAUGGGAACUCCCACUACGCAGACGGAUGUUCUGCUGACGAACGACUUAUACUGAGGUGUAUUUCGUGUUGUGACUGCCAGAAACAUCAGUGCUCAGAUAACAUCUCUGGUACAGCAUCAUCAGUGUACUGAUAACAUCUGUGGUACAGCAUCAUCAGUGUACUGAUAACAUCUCUGGUAGAGCAUCAUCAGUGUUCAGAUAAAAUCUAUGAUACAGCAUCAUCAAUGCUCAGAUAACAUCCGUGGUACAACAUUAUUACUGCUCAAAUAACAUCUGUGAGUCACAGCAUCGUUGGUGCCCGCUUAACGUCUCCAGUACAACUGUUUUCAGACAGGUAAUGGAGAAAAAAUCUCAACCGGAAGAUGAUGAUCAUCAGGUUUGUGAUCACUACUUACGAGAGCGUCGAGCUCUUCCCCAGGAUUGACACCCUCGCUCGCUCGCUGCCUCGCGGUGUCUCGCAGAGACCUUGGUCCUGCUGCACCUUGCUCAGGAUGUGAUCCGCACCCCGCGCAUGGGGCUGACGUAACUCCAGAGCUGCAGCACACCAGGUACAGCGUCUGUAGACAAGAGGACUCUCCAUGGAUGACGUACCUUGCACAGUAGAAAAAUGUGUCCUCGUUGUAGCAGUGGUUGCAGUAAGCGAUAUCCCCCCAGGCGGGAUUAGAUAGCACAAAACAAGUUGUUAUCUUCGUGGGAAUAUGGAACUUUAGAUUGUGCUUGUAGUGUAGAGACGAUUUAUUUUUAAAUCACGAGUACUGUAUUAUUGAAAACACAUCUAACAUCCAUAUUUCACGCAACUUUGCAUACAAAUUCGGAAAAAAUUAGCAGUGAUACCUCGGUACAAUGCCAGCCUUGAUAUAGUGAUAAACUGGAUACAAUGCCAACCUGAGGAAUAAUUCCAGUCUGGGAACAGUGCCAGAAAUUUAGUCAUUGUAUAAAUAUUUCUUUGAAUCAAUUUCAGGCCCAGAACAGCAAUCCUAAACUUAAUAUCAAAGGAAAGUGAAAAAGUUGACGGCGAUAUAAGGACAUGUAAACUAGUAAACUAGAAGGACAGACACUUCACUGAAGACUACUUAGCCAUGAUGGAGAAAUCCCCAGCCAUGGAAACUCAAAAGGUGACGACGGACGUCAACGAACUGCGGUGUGAUGUCUGUGGACGAGAGUUCGAUCGCCGGUCUCGGUUGGACGCCCACUACAAGACUCACACCGGAGAGAGGCCCUUUGCGUGUCCAUUCUGCGGCAAGAGUUUCGCUUCCAAAGGGAACUGCAACACCCACAUGCGUGUCCACACCCGCGAGAGGCCUUACCAGUGUCCACACUGUGAGAAACGCUUCUCUCAACACGGCCAACUCGUCAUACACAUCCGGCGCCACACAGGCGAGAAGCCUUACGUAUGUACACAUUGCAACAAGGGUUUUACUUGCUCAAAAGUCCUUAAAAUCCACGUAAGGACUCACACGGGCGAGAAGCCCUUCCAGUGCGAGCACUGUCAAAAGGGAUUUGCUGCCUACGCCAAUCUAGUCGUCCACCGGCGAAUACACACGAGAGAGCGCCCGUACGCAUGCCACUUGUGCGGUCGCGCAUUUGAGCACUCUGGCAACCUGAGUCGUCACGUGCGCGUGCACCGCGUGGAAAGUGGCGUGCGCUGCAUCCCGUGCGGCCAAGUCUUCUCCAGCGACACUGACCUCGUUAACCACACCGCCCAGCACCAUCCUAACGAGUACGCUCGCGAUGACGAGGCUGAUCUCGAGGCUUCGCUGGUUUCUGAACCAACUACCAUCAACUUACAGGAUCUGGAGCAAUUCCAGCCGCCAACUGGCCUCCAGUGCAUCCUGCCUCCGCCUUGCGAACCGCAGCUGACUAUACUGACUCCUCUGGAGCCAGCGCGAGCCAGCGACAUCAUCCCCGUCGCGCCGCCACCAGUGGAGGCGGAGGAGGAGGCAAGGGAAACCGGGGCUUGCAUCGUCGUCAGUGACUCUGAGGACUCGGGCCGCGAGUCAGGCGGCAGCACGGGCUACGCCACGUCCCCAGACCAAGUCUUUGACCGAGGGGCUCACCAGUCGCCAGAAACCAGUUCGAAACCCGAUGAUCCGGCGACAACUACAGCGGAAUCAACAGUGCCGGUGAGAUUGCCGUCCCCGGUGCCUCAGCGGGAGGCAGUUAGAGAGGCUUUGGAUACUACAGUUUCUUUCGAUGUUCCGCCGCCAGUUCCGACCUUCCGGAUGCCGCCGAAGAAGCAACAGUACCCGGGUGGCGGCAGGUCACCGUUGAGUGUACUGCGAGCGGCACUGUCGUCCCAACGGCCGCUCACUCCUACUUCCCCGUUAGUCAGUCAAGCAACGUCGCAACUAUCAGCCAUUACUUCCCCGACGGUGACACUUCCCUCUGAGCCGGUGUUGCAACCCGAGACCAGCGGACCUAACUCUCCACACCUGAACAUCCACCAGCUCACUCUGGGUCACCAUCCGGUGCCUGGUAACCACACAACGUCCACGGGGCUUGGUGCUUCACCAUUCCUCCGACCGUACCCCUGCAACCACCCUCCAGCACCGGAACCACAACUACCCGACUCCUGCGGAGGCGCUUCACCGCUCUACAGGCCCAACUCUGCCCCACACUCGCCUUCCACCGGCGAUUCCAACCCCCUGGACCUGUCACAACCACCAGGGCCUCAUGGCUAUCCAACUACGACGGAAAGUUCGCCAUUAAAUCUCUCUCAGAGAUUGGGAAGAAGUCCUGGUGAUUUAUAUCCGGGUUAUGGGGUGCCUCAGCCUCCCUCUUCUACCCAUCAACUGCUGGCACCUGCCUCGCCAGGACUUCCGCAUGCCAAUCAUCAUCUUCUCACUUCAGCCAUACCCACACCUCCAACGCAAUCUAAUAUCCUGAGAAGAAAAUCUACCGAUGUCAGUCACUUAGAUUCCAAGAAAAAUAAAUCUCGUAAAGUGGCCCCUCCUCCUUUAAUUCCCAUUCACGCUCCUGAGAAGCCCCAAGUCAGUGUCUCAACAACUUGUGUUGCUCCGGUACCGCUACCAGCACCACCAGUGCCACCAUCACAUCCGCCACCACUACUACAACCACCACCACCACCACUACCCCCGCAAUCAGCUCAGCAGCUGAUGCAGUCAUCCUUGCCUGUUUCUUCCAUAUCUCCAUAUACUCAUCACCACCAACACUGCCCAACAAUCAACACAAACACACAUACAACACCGCUGCUGGUUACACCUGUCCACACGAGAGCGAUCACCACUCUACCAUCCCACGCACCCAUCACCAUAUCCACGCACCCAAACGCCAUACCCACACACACCAGCCUCCUACAGCCACACCCGACUGCCAUACCCACACACCCGAGAAGACCUGUACCUAUGCCUCCUCCUUGCUCCAAGCUUGAAGACCCUGAGAUCAUCGUAGAAGCUGACCACACGAAAGAAGACUUAAUAACGCCGCCCGGCAAAUCCGAGGUCGUCCUCGGGGGCUCCUGUCUGGCUGCCUCCUCACCCUUGGAGUGCAUUAGGGAAAAUAUCCAGAGGUCAUUGCUGUCCCUCAUGCCUGGGGAACACGAGGCCGCUGGCUUCAAGAGGAAAGUAGAAACUGCCCUGGUCGUCCUGGUCGGUGAAGCCCCAAUGAGACAACUUGGAUAUCCCGAGAAAACUGCUGAACAGGUGUUGAUCACCAUCCUGGACAUGGCUGGAAAGAGCCCUUGCGCAGAUGUGCGAGUGGAUGAGCUCCAGAGACUGAAAGUUAACAUGCGCAAGUUUCUGGAAUACGGCUUCCCUUCCAGAACCAACUGGGAAGAACUGGGCUGGAAUGGCAAAUCCAUCGACACUAUCAUGGACAACAUCAUCUCCUGGAUUUCUCGUAGACAGUCGGUCGACAUUAAGCUCUUCGGCGGAGGCCAGCCGGGAGGUGUUGGUGGUGGAGUUAUUGGAGGUGGUAUUGGAGCAGUCAUUGGAGGUGGUGGUGGUGUUGGAGGAGUUCCAGCUGGGGAUAAUGAGGAUUUCAAGCUUAAUGGGACGCCUCUGAAGGCCUCCUAGUACGAGGUGCCGCCACCACAUAGUCGUCUAUAUUCCUUAUUUUAAAUACUAUGUACAAAUAUUUAUGGUAUUUAUUUACAUUUGUAUAAAGU